AUGGGCUCUCAACAACUCCUUCGUGGCAGCUGCUUCUGCGGGAGGAAUCAGUACGUCAUACAGAUCCCCAAGGAUUCCGUGGAAUCUGCCCAAGUCCUGUUCGACAGCAGCCCAGGCCAUCGUAUUGCUUCCGCCUCGCCGCUGUCUGCUUUCAUCCGAGUCCCACUAUCGUGGUAUCAUAGCCGCACCUUCCCAUUCUUCCCAGACGAGACACGGUCUGGUAUCCGCCGCGUGUACUCGCACCCAGCCGAGCAGCAUGCUCAUCGGCACUUCUGCGGCUUUUGCGGCACGCCGCUCUCCUACUGGUCCGAAUCGCCCAGACGGGAAGCCGACUAUAUUCGUUUGACGCUGGGGAGCCUACUGACAGAUGACUUGCACGACCUGGAAGAGAUGGGUCUUAUUCCAGUAGUAACAGACACUGCUGAGCAGGGCAAGGAGUCGCUAGUGGCUGUGGGCCGUGCCUAUCCUACAGCAGCACCAACCACGAUCCUCAGAGACUUUACCGGUAUUCCCUGGUUCGACAACAUGCUCGCAGGCAGCACACUCGGCAGUGUCCAGACUAGAAUAGGGUUCCAUGAGCAUGACAAUGGCCGAGUCCGCGUAGAAUGGGAAGUCACCGAAUGGACCGAAGGAGGACACAACGACGAAGAUGCCGACAUGUCAGAAGAAUCCAGCGCCAGUGCCAGUAAGAGGAAACGUGCCGAAGCUGAUUACACGAUGGCCGAAUCCGCAGCCUCGCGUCGAGUUGCGUGA